CUCAGUCACUACCUCAGACGCUCUUCACCUUCACGGCAUUCACAAGCACCUCCAGAAGCUCCGCAACUUCAGAAACGCCCCCAAAUUUACGCCCACUCCAAAGCUUCAAACUUUUCAAGUUGGCCAAACAAAUGUCUACUUGACGUGAAUAUCUAGGCCUACCAAUGGAACCUGAGAGAGAGGCCCCGCUUCUGCAGUUGAUUUUUCAAGUGCAGAAGAACCUGUAGCCCUGAAGCUGAAGCAGUUUUCCUUGCACUCUGCAUUGGAUUCUAAAACCAACUGCUGCUGAAGAAGAAGUUGACCCCUGCAUUUGUGAUGGUGGAAGUGUGGUGGUCCCUCUUAGCUGCUAUCCCUGCAGUGGUUGCAGGACAAGCAUUUCGAGUGAAGAAAAGGCACGCCGAAGAGCAGAGAUUAAAGAGCGCUAGAGGAAGGGAGAAGAGUUCUGAUGAGAUUUUUGUCUGCGAAAGGGUAUGCACGUCGAAGAGAAUGCUGAAAAAGGUUGGUGCAUUCUCAAAGGACCCAAUUCCUGAUACUUGUGUUACCGUCUGCGGUGUAUCUGAGCUUGAUGCGUGUGCUGAUGCGUGCGUGCGCACUGUCUGUGUAAACCAACAUCAAGUACCCAACUGGAAUGACAUCUGCCUUAGGAGAUGCCAGAGUGAGUGUUUGAAACUCUCUUCUUCAAGUUCUCUAUAAAUGCGAAAACAUGUAUUACAAAGAGAGUAGUUAGCAUUAGUUACUCCGAUUUUGGGUUGUAAAUUCUCUGAUUAUAAUGUGAUUGGGUUGGCCAAUC